UUUUAUCCUGUGCAAAAAGAAGACCCAAGACCUGCUUGGUUGCAUGAGUAACAAGCGAUGGAUUCCAUAUCUCUGCGUGUAGCACUAAAUGAUGGUAACUUCAUUCCUGUACUGGGGUUUGGAACCACUGUGCCUGAGAAGGUUGCUAAGGAUGAAGUUAUCAAGGCUACUAAAAUAGCUAUAGAUAAUGGAUUCCGCCAUUUUGACUCUGCUUAUUUGUACGAAGUAGAAGAGGAAGUGGGCCAAGCCAUUAGAAGCAAGAUUGAAGACGGCACUGUGAAGAGAGAAGAUAUAUUCUAUACUUCAAAGCUUUGGAGCACUUUCCAUAGACCAGAGCUGGUCCGAACUUGCUUGGAAAAGACACUGAAAAGCACUCAACUGGACUAUGUGGAUCUUUAUAUUAUUCAUUUCCCAAUGGCUUUGCAGCCUGGAGAUAUAUUUUUCCCACGAGAUGAGCAUGGAAAACUAUUGUUUGAAACAGUGGAUAUCUGUGACACAUGGGAGGCCAUGGAGAAGUGUAAGGAUGCAGGAUUGGCCAAGUCUAUUGGGGUGUCCAACUUUAACUGCAGGCAGCUGGAGAGGAUUCUGAAUAAGCCAGGGCUCAAAUACAAGCCUGUGUGCAACCAGGUGGAAUGUCACCUUUAUCUCAACCAGAGCAAAAUGCUGGACUAUUGUAAGUCAAAAGACAUCAUUCUGGUUUCCUACUGCACGCUGGGAAGUUCACGAGACAAAACAUGGGUGGAUCAGAAAAGUCCAGUUCUCCUAGAUGAUCCAGUUCUUUGUGCCAUAGCAAAGAAGUACAAGCAAACCCCAGCCCUAGUUGCCCUUCGCUACCAGCUGCAGCGUGGGGUUGUGCCCCUGAUCAGGAGUUUCAACGCGAAGCGGAUCAAAGAGCUAACACAGGUUUUUGAAUUCCAGUUGGCUUCAGAGGACAUGAAAGCCCUGGAUGGCUUGAACAGAAAUUUCAGAUACAACAAUGCAAAAUAUUUUGAUGACCAUCCCAAUCAUCCAUUUACUGAUGAAUAGUAACAUGGUGGACUUUGUCAGCAUUUCUAUCGGAAGAUCUGUUUAUGCAUUGUGAUUUGAAAGAUAUCUUGGAUACUGGUGACUGAACGCAUCAGACCACUGUUUCUGUUAAUUCACAGUCAGCUGGAGCAAUGUCCACAGUGCUAUGAGGGAAGCCAUGUUUUUGUCACACUCUGAAAUGGAACAUCACGUUGCUUUUCCUUGUGUUUUUAAAUAUUCAUUUAUUUUGCUUUCCAUAUAUGAAUAUUUUCCCUACAUGUAUGUGUAUCUCAUGAAUGUCUAUGUCCAUGCAGGGUUGAAGAGUGUUGCAGGUCACUUGGAACCGGAGUUACAUUGAUUAUGGAGUUACCAUGUGGGUGCUGGGAGCCAAACCUAGGUCUUCUGUGAGACUAGCAAGUGCCUUUGAAUGCUGAGCCAUCUCAUUAGGUCCAACCCUAAAGAUCCUUGCCUGCCACUAUUUCUGUGAUCUCAAUGUUUUGUUUUCUCCUGACUUCUGACACCAAGCUGAUUUGCUAGAAGUCUUGGGCAUGAAGUGGGUGUUGAGGACAGUUAUUGCAAAGGGAUUUCUGGGUGGGAGUUGAAAGAACGUUCAACAUUCAGGGAAUUAAUUGUUCGAGGUUAUUGAUUAGUCAAUAUUCCCCAUAUUCUUUGAGGAAGAAGAAAGUACUCCAUAGAUUUUCCCUUUUUCUUAGUUUUGAGGUAGGGCACCUGUGGCAGGAGUGACCAAGAGACCCAGGGUUCUCUCCAACAGCCCAAGAACCAGAGCUCCAAGAACCUGGAGAGCAAGUUCUUGUGGGAAGGUUGGAAUGUUGGUAAGAAGAGAACCAAUCUAAAAGCAUCAUCAUGAUUCAGAUGUGGGGAGUUUGAGAGGAAAUUUGAAUGUGUCUCUCUUUUUGGGAAAUAUAUCAUCUUUUUUCUUUUUGUAAUUACAUGUUGGGAGCAAUGCCCUUGAAACCCUCCAUUAUUGAUGUUAUGGUUAGAAUUAAGUAUGACUGGGUUCAUGGAAAAUCCCCAGCCAGCUGCAGAAGACUAAUACAAAUCUGGUGGUCAGGAUGAAUAAUGAUAUGAUAAAGUUCUGACCUUGCUGAGAAAUACAUCUGACAUCAAGAUACCCAAUGUGAUGACCUGUAAGCUUUCUGAAAAACCAACAUCCUGUUGACAUCAGCUGACUACAUGUAUACUGUGCCCUUGGCCUGUGUAAAUGUUUCACACUUCCCCCCUCCCUCUGUUACCCAUGUUAUGGUAUAAAUUCAGCCUUGGUAAAAAAUAAAAUUGUCGCCUUGAUCAGA